AUGGCACAGGAACUGGGACUUGAGAUCGGGCUGUUACAACCAUUCCGGAAUCUGGAAGGGCAGGAAAACCAGGCUGCUGAAUUCGAUCGUCUGGAGGCGAAAUUCGAUCUUAUGGGAGCUCUGGGCACGGACCUUCUGCUGGUUGGAUCCGCCAGGGUCAUGAAGGAUGGUGUCGAAUUUUCAAGGAUUGCGGAUGACCUGGCCCGGGCAGCGGAGUUGGCUGCAAAUCGUGACAUUCGGCUUGCCUAUCUGGCCUUGCCCUGGGCACAGCGGAUCACGCACGACAGCGAUGCGCGCAAAAUCGUCGAUGCAGUCGGGCAGUCGAAUUUCGGUCUCGCGCUCAACAGUUACUUCUCCCUGGCGGGGGGGCGGCGGCCUGCAGAUUUGCGUGACCUCGACGGCGGAAAGAUAUUUCACGUCCAGCUGAGCGACGCGCCACGCCUGGAUACCGACAUCAGGAUGUUGAAGCGGCAAUUCGGCAUGUUGCCGGGUCUUGGACGGCUGAAUUUGAACGGUUUUGUCAAGGUGCUCGCACGCGCUGGAUAUCAGGGAGCCUGGUCUAUCGCACGUGUCGGAGAACAGGGUCAGGCAACGAGCGCCGAACAGCUCACCCGUGACGGAUACAGAGCGCUUGUGUCUUUGCUGGAUGAAGCCUCCGGGUCGGAGCCCGGCAUUUCCCUGCCGGCUCCCGGUCUGCCGGCAAGAAGCCGGGUUCGCGGCAUCGAGUUUAUCGAAUUUGCGGUCGAUGAAACCACUCACAAGCAACUGGUGGCUGUUCUGGAAUCGAUGUGUUUCAGAAUGGAGCGGCGGCAUAUCGCCAAGUCGGUCGAGCUGCUUCGUCAGGGGGCAAUCAAUAUUGUCGUCAAUUCCGACGAAAGCGGUUAUGCGCGUUCUGCAUUUGCCAAUCACGGCCCCUGUGUUUGCGACAUGGGGAUUCGGGUGGACGAUUCAAAACUGGCGGUUGAACGUGCGACAGCGCUGGGAACGGAGCUCUAUUCUCAACCGGUGGGGACAGGCGAACUGGACAUUCCUGCCAUUCGUGGCGUUGGCGGGUCGGUCGUUCACUUCAUCGAUGAAAGGUCCAACCUGCAUCGCGUGUGGGACAUCGAGUUCGAACCGGUCCAAAAAACAGCAGCCAUCCCCCCGGCCGGACUCAGACGCAUCGACCACGUUGCCCAGACGAUGGCGGAUGAUGAAAUGAGGAGUUGGCUUCUCUAUUAUGCGACGACGUUCGACAUGCGGAAAUCGGAGAUCGUCAGCGUGGCGGAUCCGUCGGGCAUCAUACAUUCUCAGCCCGUUGAAUCUCCAGAGGGAGAAUUGAGGCUGAAUCUCAAUGGUGCUGCCGGGCAGAAAACAUUUGCAGCAACCUUCCUCGCGGAUCGUAUUGGAGCCGGCGUCCAGCACAUCGCAUUUCUGACGGACGACAUAUUCGAGACUUCCGCGACGCUUGACGGUCAGGAUUUCGCAAGGCUCGAAGUGUCCGAGAACUACUAUGAGGACCUGCGUGUCCGAUAUGCACUGGAUCCGGCGCUGGUUGAUAGAAUGCGAGCCGGGAAUAUCCUCUAUGAACGACUGGGAGACGCCGAGUAUUUCCAGAUUUACAGUCGGCCAAUCUUCAACGGUUUCUUUUUCGAGAUUGUCGAGAGACGGGCGGGUUACCAGGGAUACGGAGCAACCAAUGCGUCGAUGCGGUUGGCGGCGCAACUGAAGUGUCAGCGCAAGGCAUAA